AGGGGCGGGGCGAAGGCUGCGGCUGCGUCAGGGGAGCACACACGUUGUAGCUUUUCCUUGUUUGCGGGUCGGGGUUGGUUGUGGCAGCCAGGCAGGCGCUCUAGCUGGUGCAGCGGCAGGUGGAGAUGGCGACACUGUGUCUGACCGUGAAUUCAGGAGACCCUCCCCUGGGUGCUUUGCUGGCAGUAGAACAUGUGAAAGACAAUGUCAACAUUUCUGUUGAAGAAGGGAAAGAGAAUAUUCUUCAUGUGUCUGAAAAUGUGGCAUUCACAGACGUGAACUCCAUACUUCGCUACUUGGCCAGAGUCGCCACGACCGCCGGGCUGUAUGGCUCUAACCUGAUGGAACACACCGAGAUCGACCACUGGCUGGAGUUCAGUGCCACAAAGCUGUCUUCGUGCAGUCUGUUUACUUCUGCGGUCAAUGAGCUCAAUCACUGCCUGUCCCUGAGAACGUACCUGGUCGGAAACUCCUUGAGCCUGGCAGAUUUAUGUGUUUGGGCCGCCCUGAAAGGGAGCGAGGCCUGGCAGGAGCAGCUGACGGGGAGCAGGGCGCCGGUUCACGUGAAGCGCUGGUUUGGCUUCCUGGAAGCCCAGCAGACCUUCCGCUCCGUCGGCACCACGUGGGGCGGCGGUCCAGCAGCCAAGGCCAAGGUGGCACCUCAGAAAAGGCAAGAUGUUGGGAAGUUUGUGGAGCUUCCGGGUGCUGAGAUGGGCAAGGUCACUGUCCGGUUUCCUCCAGAGGCUAGUGGGUACCUGCACAUCGGGCACGCCAAGGCCGCGCUGCUGAACCAGCACUACCAGGUGAACUUCAGAGGGAAGCUGAUCAUGAGGUUCGACGACACGAACCCUGAAAAAGAGAAGGAAGAUUUUGAGAAGGUCAUCCUGGAGGACGUUGCAAUGCUGCACAUCAAGCCCGAUCAGUUCACGUACACCUCGGACCACUUUGAAACGAUAAUGAAGUACGCGGAGAAGCUGAUUCGGGAAGGGAAGGCUUACGUGGACGACACCCCCGCGGAGCAGAUGAAGGCCGAGCGUGAGCAGAGGGUCGAGUCCAGACACAGAGCGAACUCCGUCGAGAAGAACCUGCAGAUGUGGGAGGAGAUGAAACGAGGGAGCCCGGCUGGUCAGUCCUGCUGUCUGCGCGCCAAGAUCGACAUGAACAGCAACAACGGCUGCAUGCGGGACCCGACGCUGUACCGCUGCAAGGCCCAGCCGCACCCGAGGACCGGGAGUGCGUACAACGUUUACCCGACGUACGACUUCGCCUGCCCCAUCGUGGACAGCAUCGAGGGCGUCACGCACGCCCUGCGGACCACGGAGUACCACGACCGGGACGAGCAGUUCUACUGGAUCAUCGAGGCUUUGGGCAUCCGGAAGCCGUAUAUUUGGGAGUAUAGUCGGCUGAAUCUCAACAACACAGUGCUGUCCAAGAGAAAACUCACCUGGUUCGUGAACGAAGGCCUGGUGGAUGGAUGGGACGACCCGCGAUUUCCCACGGUCCGCGGGGUGCUGAGAAGAGGCAUGACCGUGGAAGGCCUGAAACAGUUCAUUGCUGCUCAGGGCUCCUCACGUUCGGUGGUGAACAUGGAAUGGGACAAAAUUUGGGCUUUUAACAAAAAGGUCAUUGACCCGGUGGCGCCCAGGUACGUCGCGCUGCUGAAGAAGGAGGUGGUCCCCGUGAACAUCCCCGAGGCGCAGGAGGAGAUGAAGGAAGUAGCCAAGCACCCAAAGAACCCCGACGUGGGCCUGAAGCCCGUGUGGUACGGCCCCAGGGUUUUCGUGGAGGGCGCCGAUGCCGAGACGUUUUCCGAGGGCGAGACGGUGACGUUCAUCAACUGGGGCAACGUCAGCAUCACCAAGAUACACAAAGACGCAAGUGGAAAGAUUGUGUCUCUUGACGCAAAGCUGAACUUGGAGAACAGAGACUACAAGAAGACCACCAAGGUCACGUGGCUCGCGGAGACGGCCCGCGCCCUGCCCGUCCCCGCGGUGUGCGUCACGUACGACCACCUGAUCACGAAGCCGGUGCUCGGGAAGGACGAGGACUUCAAGCAGUACGUCAACAGGAACAGCAAGCACGAGGAGCUGAUGCUGGGGGACCCCUGCCUGAAGGACCUGAAAAAGGGCGACAUCAUCCAGCUCCAGAGACGAGGCUUCUUCAUCUGCGACCUGCCGUACGAGCCCGUGAGCCCCCACAGCUGCAGAGACGCGCCCUGUGUCCUGAUAUACAUCCCCGACGGGCACACGAAGGAGAUGCCCACGUCUGGGUCGAAGGAGAAGACCAAGGUGGAAACAGUGAAGAACGAGACGACGACCCCUGCCAAGGACAGACCAGCGGCCCCCGCGACUAGUACUUGCACUGCUGCCUCGGCCGAGGAUUCCGAGGCCCUCCACAGCCGAGUGGCUGCUCAGGGGGAUGUGGUUCGGGAGCUGAAGGCCAAGAAGGCAGCAAAGGAGGAUGUAGAUGCAGCUGUGAAACAGCUUUUGGCUUUGAAAGCUGAGUAUAAGGAGAAGACGGGCCAGGAGUACAAACCUGGAAGUCCUCCGGCCGUGACCGGACAGAGUGUCCCCUGCAAACCGCCGGCAGGCACCGCGGACGGUGCGUCUCUGUACGACGAGGUUGCUGCGCAAGGGGAGGUCGUUCGCAAGCUGAAAGCCGAAAAGGCCCCGAAGGCUAAAGUCAAUGAGGCUGUAGAGUGCUUACUUGCUCUGAAAGCUCAGUAUAAAGAGAAAACCGGGAAGGAGUACGUUCCUGGCCAGCCCCCAUCCCCUGCAAGUUCCGAUUCAGGCCCAGCCGGGAGCUCUGAGUCUUGUGGUCCCGAAACACCAGAAGCCAAAGCACUUUUUGACAGAGUGGCUUCUCAGGGAGAGGUGGUUCGAAAACUCAAGGCUGAAAAAGCCCCUAAGGAGCAGGUGGACGCCGCCGUGCAGGAGCUCCUCCGGCUGAAGGCGCAGUACAAGACUCUCGCCGGCGUCGAGUACAAGCCCGUCUCUGCCACCGGGCCCGAGGACAAAGAUAAGAAGAAGAAAGAGAAAGAAAAUAAGUCCGAAAAGCAGAAUAAGCCUCAAAAACAAAGCGAUGGAUCUAAGAAAGACCCCUCCAGAAGCCAAGGUGGUGGGACGCCGCCCGGUGGAGCAGGAGAGGGCCAGGGGCCCCGGAAGCAGACCAGGUUGGGCCUUGAGGCAAAGAAAGAAGAAAAUCUUGCAGAUUGGUAUUCUCAGGUCAUCACGAAGUCGGAAAUGAUAGAAUACUACGAUGUCAGUGGCUGCUACAUUCUCCGCCCCUGGGCGUAUUCCAUCUGGGAAUCCAUCAGGGACUUUUUCGAUGCUGAGAUCAAGAAGCUCGGUGUUGAGAACUGCUAUUUCCCCAUGUUUGUGUCUCAAGGCGCCUUAGAGAAAGAGAAAACGCACGUAGCCGACUUCGCCCCCGAGGUGGCGUGGGUCACAAGGUCUGGCAAGACAGAGCUGGCGGAACCCAUCGCUGUCCGUCCCACCAGUGAAACGGUCAUGUACCCGGCCUACGCGAAGUGGGUGCAGUCGCACAGGGACCUGCCCAUCAGGCUCAACCAGUGGUGCAACGUGGUGCGCUGGGAGUUCAAGCACCCGCAGCCGUUCCUGCGGACGCGGGAGUUCCUCUGGCAGGAAGGGCACAGCGCCUUCGCCACGUUCGAGGAAGCCGCGGAAGAGGUCUUGCAGAUACUCGACUUGUACGCUCGGGUGUACGAGGACCUCCUGGCAAUCCCGGUCGUAAAGGGAAGGAAGACGGAAAAGGAGAAGUUCGCCGGAGGGGACUACACGACCACGGUGGAGGCCUUCAUCUCCGCCAGCGGCAGAGCCAUCCAGGGAGGAACUUCACAUCAUUUAGGGCAGAAUUUUUCCAAAAUGUUUGAAAUCAUUUUUGAAGAUCCAAGGACACCAGGAGAGAAGCAGUUUGCCUACCAGAACUCCUGGGGCCUCACGACUCGGACGAUCGGCGUCAUGACCAUGGUUCACGGGGACAACAUGGGCCUGGUGCUGCCGCCACGCGUGGCCUGUGUUCAGGUGGUGGUCAUCCCUUGCGGCGUCACGAAUGCCCUUUCCGAAGAGGACAGAGAGGCUCUGCUUGCCAAGUGCAAUGACUAUCGACGGCGGCUGCUCAGCGCCAACAUCCGCGUCAGGGCUGACCUGCGGGAUAACUACUCGCCAGGGUGGAAGUUCAACCACUGGGAGCUCAAGGGCGUCCCCGUCAGGCUGGAAGUGGGGCCCCGAGACAUGAAGAGCUGCCAGUUCGUAGCGGUGCGGCGGGACACCGGAGAAAAGCUGACAGUUGCGGAAGAUGAGGCUGAGGCGAAACUUCAGGCUCUUUUGGAGGACAUCCACGCCAACCUUUUCAGAAAGGCUUCUGAAGACCUGAGGACUCACAUGGUGGUGGCAAAUUCAAUGGAAGACUUUCAGAAGAUGCUAGAUUCCGGAAAGAUCGCCCAGAUCCCAUUCUGUGGGGAGAUCGACUGCGAGGACUGGAUCAAGAAGACCACGGCCAGGGAUCAGGACCUUGAGCCCGGUGCUCCGUCCAUGGGGGCGAAGAGCCUUUGCAUCCCCUUCCAGCCGCUCUGCGAGCUGCAGCCUGGAGCCCGCUGCGUCUGCGGCAAGAACCCGGCCAAGUUCUACACCUUGUUUGGGCGCAGUUACUGAGGGCGGGCCCGCGCCCCGCCCUCCAGCCCCUCACUUUUAAAAAACUUGAUACCAAUAUCUUCCCAGAUAUAGUUUUAUGAUUUUUUUUAAAAACAAAAGCUCAAAGAGGAGGUCACAUGAAAUAAAUGUCUAUUCUUAUGCCUAAAGUGACUGUGGAAGUAAGGCUUUUCUGCAUACAGCCCCAGUAAUAAAUACCAUGAACUGAUA